GCUGUUGGUCCCCAAAGCCCAAACUAACAUGGGCUCCUACCAGCCAUCAAACUUCCAGCGCUUGCUUUCUCUCACCAAGCUCUUGACCUCUGACGUCAACCAAGGCCGUCAUGACAAAGCCCUUGCUCUUUUCCACCACAUGCAGGCCUCACUGGCCCUCCCUCUCGACGCCCAUGUCUUCUCUCUUGUUCUCAAGUCCUGCUCUGCCAUCCACCGCCCGCAACUCGGCAUCUCCAUCCAUGCCCAUGUUGCCAAAUCGUCAAUCCUUCCAAGCCCAUUUGUGGCUUCCGCUCUCGUUGACAUGUACGGCAAAUGCGUGUCACUCUCAGCGGCACGUAACUUGUUCGAUGAAAUUCCUCAGAGGAACGUUGUUGUGUGGAAUGCUAUGAUGUCGGUGUAUACGCGUAAUGGGAAGGUGUCUGAUGCGUUGGGAUUGUUUGAGGCUAUGGAUGUUGAACCAGACGUGUCAACAUUCAAUUCCAUUAUAGCCGGGUUGGCGGGAUCCGAUGAUGGGUCGUUCAAGGCCGUCGAGUUCUAUAGAAAAAUGAGAGCUUGGGGAUGGAAGCCGGAUUUAAUAACACUGCUUGCUCUGUUACGUGCUUGCGUUGGUGUUGCAGCUUUAAGGUUUAUUAGGGAAAUUCAUGGCUAUGAUGUAAGGAAUGAGAUUGACUUUCAUUCUCAAUUGAGUAGCCUCCUGGUGGAGGCCUACGGGCGCUGUGGUUGUCUUGCUAAUGCGCAUAAUCUGUUCCACUGCAUGAAGAAAAAGGAUGUAGUUGCAUGGAGUAGUUUGAUAUCUGCGUAUGCACUUCAAGGGGAGGCAAGAGCUGCAUUGGACGUUUUCCGGGAGAUGGAAUUGGCAAAAGUAGAGCCCGAUGAGAUCACUUUCCUUGCGGUACUGAAAGCGUGUAGCCAUGCUGAAGGAUUAGCCGAUGAAGCACUACAUUAUUUUAGUCGGAUGCGUAAGGAUUACGGUGUGCAAGCGAACAGCGAUCACUAUUCUUGUAUAGUAGAUGUUUUGAGCAGAGCAGGGAGGUUGAAUGAGGCAUAUGAGGUCAUAAGGCAAAUGCCAGUGAAGGUGACUGCUAAAGCUUGGGGUGCUCUUCUUUCGGCAUGUAGAACUUAUGGAAACAUGGAGCUUGCUGAGAUUGCAGGGAAAGCUCUGUCCGAAAUCGAGCCUGGUAAUCCUGCCAAUUAUUUAUUGUUGGCAAGGAUGUAUUCUAGCUUAGGGAGGCAUGAGGAGGCUCAGAGAAUGAGAAGGGAAAUGAAGGAGAAGGGAGUGAAGGCACCUUCUGGCACUAGUUGGGUGGUGUAUCAAGACUAAUAUUGUACAUUAACUGUUGUGUCAGACUACUAAAAGCAAGCUUCACUUGUUCCAUGUCAUGUCACACAGAAAGAAUUCAGUUUUGAGGUGUUUUUACCAAUGCAGAUCGUCCUCCAUUUCAUGACA